CCACGCUAUCAGGUAACUCAUUUUGUACUUAGGGGGACAGGGAUUAAAAAUAGCUCCCCGACCGUGAGGUCCCCCAGCUUUAGGUUAACAUGUUCCUCCAUCGUACCUCAACAGUUUAAUCACCUACUCGGAUGUAAGGAAGCAACGGCUGCCCUGCAAGCAGUAGAGAGGAGAUGACAGCAGAUCAGGUCAGCAAGGGCAUGCCAGAUGACCUGCUAUCCUCAGACACGUGUACCAUCCAGCCUCCCCUUGUUGCAGAACCAUCUGUGCAUGAGGAGCCCAGCCAUGCCCUGGACCAACAAGCUCAAACUCUCCAUAGUAUUUCAGCCACAAUGCUGAUUCCAAACUUAGAUUAUAUUGCAGAGAUUCAGGCCACCAAUAUGCAAGAGGAGACGGGAAGUGGAAAUGUCUUAGAUUUAGUUCAACCCCUUGUUCAGACUGUUUCUAUGGCGACAAGCAGAUUUAAUACAGCAGAAGGAGAUGAGGUAAACGUUGGGAAUCUUGACCUAGCUGAUGUGGGACAGGUUGGGAAAGAUGGGGCCAGUAAUUCAAGUUUUUUUACCCAAACAAGUCAGGAAGUUUCAAAGGAUGAAGAUAUCACAGUGACAUCCCAGCCUCCAACUAACCUGUACAGUGAUCUUUAUGAUGUAUCAGAAAGCAUAACCGGUCACAAAGGAGUUGUGGAAACUGUAAUAUCUGAGAAUGUCGUGUCUCAGGAUGAUGUGAUGGUUCCUGACUGUGUGUCUACUGGCCUAUCAGAGAGUCAAAGUUUGUCAAAAACAGUAUCUGGCUUGCCAGUGAUACCUGAGCAUUAUGAUGAUGCUGCUAAGAAUGUGACACAGAACUUUGACCAGAAUUGCCUUGAUCUGACUUAUCAAGAGACCAAAGUUCUUGAAAACAGCCAAGCUGGUGACAAUAUAAUCUCAAACAAAAAAGAAUCCAUGCAAACUGUAGACCAGUCAUCGUCAGGGCAUCUAAACAGAGAGUCUAGCGCAGUAGGUGACAUGUCAGACUCUGACUUUGAGACUGACUGGGAAAGCAAGACCCUUCAGGAUGUAAUGACAGGGGUUGACAGUGUAGACCAGGGGGAGACUGUGUGUAACACUGACACAGAGAGUGGUGACGUCAUACAUGCUGACCCAGAAAUAAGUGGAAUAGUUGGGGAGACUCAUCAAUAA